AUUAACAGCGCACUCAGGAAAAGUAGAAUCUCAUCGCCGGAGCUCCGCAGAGCACAACCGCCUCCACUUAUGGGCAAUGCGGCCGGCAGCUAAUUCGACAGCCUGAAGGAAACUCUCCAAUGGAGAGCCAGCGGUUGAACAAGGUGAAGUUUUGAGAUAUAUUUGCUGAUACUAUUUGGUGAAGAUGAAUUAUGGAAGCAGCUCGCUUGGUUCUGGGGGAAGGACUAACAGGAGGGUUUUUGAGUUUGGGAGGACGCAUGUGGUCAAACCCAAGGGGAGACACCAGGCUACUCUUGUCUGGCUUCAUGGUCUUGGUGACAACGGAGCAAGCUGGUCCCAGCUCCUGGAAACACUUCCUCUUCCUAAUAUUAAAUGGAUCUGUCCUACAGCACCAACCCGACCUGUUGCAGCUUUUGGCGGGUUCGCUUGCCCUGCAUGGUUUGAUGUUGGAGAAUUUUCUGAGAACGGUCCUGAUGAUAUAGAAGGUAUGGAUGCGUCAGCUACCCAUGUUGCAAACCUUCUAUCAGCUGAACCAGCUGGCAUUCAACUUGGUAUUGGUGGUUUCAGUAUGGGCGCUUCAACCGCCCUUUACUCUGCAGUUUGCUGUGCUUAUGGGAGAUUCGGAAGCGGAAAUCCAUACCCAAUUAACCUCAGUGUAGUGGUUGGUUUGAGUGGUUGGCUUCCAUGUUCCAGGAGCUUGAAGAAUAAAGUUGAAAGUUCUCAAGAUUCUGCUAGAAGGGCUGCUGCUUUGCCACUUUUGCUUUGUCAUGGUAAAGCUGAUGAUGUUGUGCUCUAUAAGCAUGGGGAGAAGUCUGCUGAAUUUUUAAGAUCAUCUGCUUUCCGAAAUCUUACAUUCAAAACUUACAAUGGGCUUGGGCACUACACUGUCCCCGAAGAAAUGGAUGAAGUUUGCAAAUGGCUUACUGCAAGGUUGGGACUUGAUGGGUCACGCUAAUUCCUUUAUAAAUGCAGCAGCCUUUAACUUGGAUUGGAAUGGAGAUGGCUAUUUUUAUGACUUAAAUAUACGGCUGUGAUUAGAUCUAGCUUUGAGUAAUAAUAAUGUCUUCUAGAAUAUCAUUAUGCAUUUCCUUAACUUUGUUUAAGCUUCAUUUUCUUGUUUAGUAGUUUCUGCUGUCUGUAACUUAACAAGUUCUUAAUGUAUAUUUUUAAUAAACUAAUGGAGGUGUGUUGCUUGCU